AUGGCGGCCAGCAACGAUGCCGCCGCCGCUGUUCAAGGGGGCCACCCGACCAUGUCGUCCGUCUCUGGCCUCACGCAGACACAGCCUUUCCUCUUCGACCACGUCCACUGCUGCGUCUGCUACCUCGACUACCACCCAACUGCCGCCAGGCAGGCCCAGACCGCCACCGGCCUGAGGUCCGCGAGCACCAGCCUGCCCUUCUACGUGACCGAGUGCGCGCACAUCCUCUGCCGCAACGACUUCCAGCACGCGGCACAAGGGCAUGCGGAUGCCACCUCGCUCGCCACCUGCCCCGUCUGUCGAGCGACCGGAGUCAAUGUGACACCACUCGACGAGGACAAUUUUCAGCAUGCUCACAUGUCGAGGCUGAUAGACUUCCUCAAGGCGCAGUCGCUCAAGCAGAAGCAAGUGCUUCAAAGAGCCUCGCACGAACUCACGGCGGCCAAGGAGCUGAGAGCAGAGCUCGAAGGUGUGAAGCGAGAGAAUGCCCUCUUGAAGGAGCGCCUCAAAGAAGCAGAGGAUGGCAGGGGUCGACCUCCAACGUUCCGCUUCCAGCUCGGGCAGCGGCAAGAGGGGGACUACGCCUUCCAAAGCGCUUCGGUCGCCAGUGUCGAUCGACCUUACUCGAGGUCGGUCGUGGGUACUGCGGCCGGCUCGUCGGGCCAAGCGACGGGCACGCUGCGGCGGCCGGCGCCGCAGAAGGAAACGGGAUCGCAUCGCUCUGGCGGCCCUCCGAGGAGCUACGGCACAUCAAGCAGCGCAGUGCGGGCGAUGCCGACAAUGCCAGCGCCAGUGCUGCCGUCGUCCUCGUCUCGCAGCCACCGAGACGUCGACGCCGUCUCGGUGCGCUCCGAUACGACGGCGCUGCGCCCCCACGCCUCUUCGCACCGGCAGGCGUUCCGACCUUCGACCCUGAGCCGGGAGCCGGUCCCAGGCGCGGCAGGGCCAGCCACCAGUGCUGCGACGCAGGAGUUCCGCCCUUUCAGCGCUCGAGAUCCGGCGCAGGUCCGAGGGUAUCGGAGGAGCGACCUCUGA